CGAGCAAACAUUCUCAGCCGUUACAGAGAGCGAGGUGAUCUAAAUAUAAAAAUUUCAUAUAUGAGAUCAACCACAUUAGUCUGUGGGCUGUAUGUGGUGCAGCCAGCUGAUGAAGAUCCCUCCUCUAUAGUGCACUUUGCGGGUGUUUUGCGAUAACAUCAUCUGGAUACGUUGAGAUAAAAUGUGAUGUGAUUUAUGUGCGUCUGAUUUAAAGAGAUUUUUCGUGGUUCUGUGUCUCGUUCUUGUGUGUAUUACGCAAUCGAGGUAAAGAUGCUAAAGAAUUUUAUUCACAAAAACUCAACUUGAAUAGCUAAUGAGGUGUAUUUUAAUCAGUGACAACAUUCUACGCGUUCAAUUCAGUUAGAAAUUUGGAACAGGUGAUUAUAGAAGUACCUUCAUAAAAGCACGACUACCAAAGAAAUUAAAAUUAAUCGUCGUGCGACUGUGUGACGCUAAACUCAAUUGAUUUGGCCAGACAACGAUGUCUCUGCCGGCACUUCUAGUCAGCACGGGAUACAUGGGUAUCUCGUGCGCUCUCGCACAGACAGCCCGGAAGCUGACCAGCCGUAUGGUCAAGGAGGGUCUUGUGCAGGAACUCUUCUUCGAAGCCAUUGCAGCUGCUGAACUCUGUGCCUGCUGCUUUGAAUUAAUCAUCGUUGCUGACAACUUUGGUGUAGCCACAUAUGCCAUCUACCUAUUCCUUUUAACAGUUUGGUGGUCACAAGUUUGGGGUGAUGCAACGGCUUGUCCCUACACGCACAUGGAGGAUAUGGUUGAAGGGAAGACAUCACCGAGGAAUGUGGCUCUAAAGACAUGGGCCCAACUAAUGGGUGGAUGUUGUGUAUUUCGUUUUGUCCAAGUUCUCUGGUGGUUGGAACUGGCUUCAACGCACGAGGGAAGGGCCUUUGCGGAAUGCACAGCAGAUCUUCAGGUCAACCCUUAUCUUGGAGCCAUUAUUGAGGGUAUUGCCACACUCCUUUGUCGUUUAGCAUCGAGAUCCCUUGGCGAAUUGGGCCCUAAGCACGCAACAUUGAUUGAUUCCUUCAUUGGGACAAGCCUCGUUGUGGCCGUUGUUUCUAAAAUUCUAGCUUUCAAUCUCUCCGGUGGCUACUUCAAUCCCGUCCUUGCCACUGCCCUCAAAUGGGGAUGCACCGGACACACCAACAUUGAGCACAUCAUUGUUUACUGGAUUGGAGCAUGUGUAGGAGCAGUUCUAUCCGUUCCUCUGUUUAAACUCCCAACCGUUCAUAGUAUUCUCGUGGGAGACGCCAAAUCCAAAGAUGAAUAGACCUGGACAAUACUCGCUGUGAGUGAACUUUUUUUCUGAUCACGAAGAUCGAUGUAACGACUACCAUCCGCCAUUGAGCGGUUUGUUGAGAUUUUUACGAAUUUUUACCUCCUCCAAAGAGACAAUAAAUUCAAAAGUGAUGUAUUGAAGCAAAAUAAUGUUAAAAAUAAAUUAUUUUAAUUGUUUCAAAA